AUGACACAACGCUGCCAUCCGGCCAUCUUCGACUACGGGAUCGAUCGGAAAAUGACCAGCUACUUCUGGCGACCAUGUUUGGGCCAAGGCCCGACGUCCCCAGUUCCUCACGACGCCGAAGUGAGCUCGAGAAGGGAGAAUGAGGGUUUAGCCUUCCGACGUCGAUUCCAGUGGUCGUUGACAUCAAUUAAGGGAAAAUAA